GGCGUCUUUAAAGUCUCUUCUUCCUGCAUUUGGCGCAGUCGCAUGAUCCAGGCCUCACACAACCUUCAGAUGCAGCAGAGCCGAACACACACUAUGUCAGACAUUUUCCUGUGACUUCUAUGAGUGUUUCUAUAAGCCAUGAACCUUCUGUGGAGUACAGUAAAUGUCGGGAUCUUCUCUCGGGAUGAUGAAAGCUCGUACCAAUGGUUGUCCACUCGACUGUCCACUAACUGGUACGUGAGGAACGUUGAUUCUAACAUCCUGUCUAACAGGAGUUCGGCAAAGUUCAGAGAGGACACCAGGAGAUGCACAUUUGCCAUCUUGUAUCACACAAAGACGAGAGGGCGAAUCAACAUCACAGAUGUCACCGAUUCCCUCUACGACGAGGAGCUGGAGCAUUUAUCCUCAGAGAAGGGGAAAGAUAAUGUCAUUUUGGUGAUCGAUGACCUAGAAGGUGAUGGAGACAACGGACACAGGACCAGAAUCCUCCAGAACCAGCCCAGUAUAGAGCGACUGGCCACAGAGAUCUUCUGCUUCACCGCAGAGGAGAAAAGGACUCUGACCAGAGGAGGUCCGGCUCCAGAGAUGGUGGUGAAACUGAGACAGAUAGAGAAGAUGAUUGAGGAGCGAGCGAGGAGGAAUAUUUGGCGGACGAUUUUCCGUUUGUCCAAGGUCAUCCUCAUACUGUGGGUAGGCGACCAGAUACUGAGGGGCGUGAUGAAAAAACCUGGAUUCUGGGACAUCUGUCAGAAGUUUCUUCAGAAAACAAAUAUUCUUUCAAUGAAGGAUUAAUCUGUUGUCAAAAUAAAUAGAGAUAAGUUGAUAAUAAUAAUCUGUCUGUACGCCAUUAACAAGGUAUUCUAUCCUAUACUGUAGCGUCCUGUGGUGUCACCGUAGGGUUCAAUAAAUAAAACAUAGCCUAAUUGUGUCCUCUCCAUCAUAUGUUAUAUUUGUGAAACACAAGAGCGUAGUCUACUACCUCCAAAACAUCUAUGGGAGGCGAAAGUGGUAGAGAGUUUGCACGGAUACUGAGUUGGUGCGGUGUGCGAUGGAUGAUGAGGGUUGUAGUGAUCAGUGAGUGUAGCAACCCUGUACUUAGAGGAAAGAUCCCAUUAACCACUAUUCCAUUGAUGCUUUUAUCCGUAUCAAGGCCCCGGGAAAUGAACACCUCAAAAGCCAGGAUUAAUGGAUAAUAGUUUAUUCUUUACUUGGGAAGCAGAUACAAUAUAGAAGGAAGUCCAUAUAAACAACUAAAAGAAAAAAUGAACAGUCGGCGCUGCUGCCUAUAUGUGUUUUCCACACCUAGGACAAUGGCUGGCAGAACGCACAAACACUGCAAUACGGGCUUUCAGGUGGUCUAUCCUGGUUUAGCAGCCACCAGUAACAAUUCCAAUGAAGAAAUAAAGCUGGCAAAAAAAGUCUGGUUUGGAUACAGCAUGGCCGACAGCCGUUUCAUGCUACACAGAGCGCCUAGUCGUGACCUUCCUGGAAGUCAUCCAGAAGGAGAUGCCCAGACAUUAGUCUCUCACUUGACUAGGCCAGUACAGGGGAUAUCUAUACCCUAGUCCUUUCUUUGAAAAAUAAUUGGUCACUUUUGCCGUUGCCUACAUAUCAUAGCCAGGCAUGUAGGUAGUUAGGUAGCCAGGUAUAUAGGUAGGUAGCCAGAUAUCUAGUUUUUAUAUUUUUAGGCUCAAUACACUGGUCCCGAAUGAUUUUAAUGAGAGCAUUGAGCAUCCUUAAAGGAAAACUGUUACAUAUUUUCUACCGCACUAUCCACCGGUAUUGGUAGAUAGUGCGGGA